AUGCAGAACAGCGUUUGUGUUUUAAGAACAAGGGUGGUGAAUCCGACUUUGCAUUCGCGCCUACCAGUAGAAGUGCUCGGUCGCCUUCAGACAGUAUGCAGACGUUUCAAGUCAGACGGAAUAAAAGGGGCCGUGAUCGGUAUCGAUCUGGGCACCACCAAUUCUUGCGUUGCCCUGAUGGAAGGAAAGCAAGCGAAGGUCAUUGAAAAUGCCGAAGGCAACAGAACUACGCCUAGCGUUGUCGCCUUUACGGCCGAGGGCGAAAGGCUGGUUGGAGCCCCUGCUCGUCGUCAAGCCGUAACAAACGCAGCUAAUACAUUUUAUGCUACAAAACGGCUUAUCGGUCGGCGGUUCGAAGAUACCGAAGUACAGAGAGACAAAAAAAUUGUAUCAUACAAGAUCGUUAGAUCGUCGAACGGAGAUGCCUGGGUUGAAAGUCAUGGAAAAGUAUAUUCUCCAAGCCAAAUAGGUGCUUUCGUAUUGGGAAAAAUGAAAGAAACCGCUGAAAGUUAUUUGGGAAAUCCGGUGAAAAACGCAGUUAUCACGGUUCCUGCGUAUUUCAACGAUUCACAGAGACAGGCCACUAAAGAUGCCGGUCAAAUCUCCGGUUUAACCGUCCUCAGAGUGAUUAACGAGCCGACAGCCGCGGCCCUUGCCUACGGAUUGGACAAAACCGAGGACAAAGUUAUUGCCGUAUAUGAUCUCGGAGGCGGGACGUUCGAUAUUUCGGUUCUUGAGAUACAGAAAGGUGUAUUUGAGGUAAAGUCGACCAACGGUGACACUCAUUUGGGAGGCGAAGAUUUCGACAAUACGUUAGUGAAUCACUUGGUUCAGGAGUUCAAAAGAGAGCAAGGUGUCGAUUUGACAAAGGAUACGAUGGCGAUGCAGAGACUUCGCGAAGCUGCGGAAAAAGCCAAAUGCGAGCUGUCUUCUUCGCUUCAAACCGAUGUCAACUUGCCGUAUCUCACUAUGGAUUCGAGUGGUCCGAAACACAUGAACUACAAACUGACCAGGGCAAAAUACGAAUCACUGACGCAAGAUCUGAUUAAGCGAACGGUGGAGCCGUGCAAAAAGGCUAUGCGCGACGCCGAAGUCAAGCCGUCGGAUAUCGGCGAGGUUCUUUUAGUGGGGGGCAUGUCAAGAAUGCCAAAAGUGCAGCAGACGGUCAAAGAACUUUUCGGUAGGACUCCAAGUAAAGCCGUCAAUCCAGACGAAGCUGUUGCUAUUGGCGCUGCAAUUCAGGGAGCGGUGUUAGCUGGGGACGUUACGGAUGUCUUGCUUUUGGAUGUUACGCCUUUAUCGCUUGGAAUAGAGACGUUGGGAGGCGUGUUCACGAAACUAAUUCAAAGAAAUACCACGAUUCCGACAAAAAAAAGCCAGGUAUUCAGCACUGCUGCUGAUGGACAGACUCAGGUUGAAAUCAAAGUAUACCAGGGCGAGCGUGAAAUGGCGGCUCAUAAUAAGCUGUUAGGCCAAUUUUCUUUGGUUGGAAUUCCUCCAGCACCUCGUGGAGUUCCUCAGAUCGAAGUCACGUUCGAUAUCGAUGCCAAUGGUAUCGUGCAUGUGAACGCCCGAGACCGAGGCACCGGCAAAGAGCAAGCGAUCGUGAUUCAGUCGAGUGGUGGCCUCAACAAAGAUCAGAUCGAAAAUAUGGUGCGGGAAGCAGAAAAGCACGCUGAAGACGACAAAAAGAGAAAAGAAGUGGUCGAGGCGGUAAACCAAGCUGAGAGCAUUAUUCACGACACCGAAAGCAAGAUGGAUGAGUUCAAGGACCAGCUUCCAGGAGAUGAGAUGGCUAAAUUGCGUGAAAAAAUCGCCGAAGUGCGCGAAAUUCUGGCCAAGAAGGACACUGAGUCUUUGGAAAACAUUCGUCAAGCCACCAAUCAGUUACAGCAGGCGUCAUUAAAGUUGUUCGAAACCGCUUACAAAAAGAUGGCUGCGGAUCGAGCGAGUUCUUCCGGAUCCAGUUCCGGCUCCGAUUCGGAGACGGCAAACAAGGAGGAGAAAAGCGGUGAAAACAAAUGA